GAUGGUGAUGGAUUGGAUGAAGAUUUAGAUGAUGAUGAGGAAGACGAAGAAGAAUUAGACGAUGACGAUGAUUAUGUUGAUCAACAUGAUGAUGGUGAUGAUAGUGGCCAUCUAGCUACAACAAAUGGUGGUGGAUAUAUUGCCUAUAUAACCGAUGAAUCCGAUGAACAAGUAUUGGAAAUUGAACCGAAUAAUAAUUAUCUCAACAUUGUUUAUCGUAAUUAUCAAUGUCAACGUUUUAUGAAAUAUAUUGAUCAUUCGAAUACUAGGGUACCAUUUCAACAGAUAACGAUUAUUUUUACUGAUCAUUGAAAUGAU